CAUAAACUGUGAGCGAAUUAAAAAAAGGCGUGCUGUCGUCAUCAGUUACUUCAAUUAUGUCAAACAAUACCCCCAAUACGCGCUAUUUCAAUUCGACAAGUGUGCUUUAAUAUAAUAAAAUUACACUCGAGAAACAAAGAUUUACACACCAAACCACUAACUCUCGUCUCUUCAUGGCUGUGCCAAGAGUUUCCAUUUGGCACAUCCGGACCUUCAAAUUAAAGGAUUCGAAUCCACCUUAAAAUCUCAGGGGAAAAAGUAACAAAACAAUGAGCUGUUCAGAUUUUAUGAUGUGGCUGAGACAGGUUUGAUGUAAUAAAGAGGUCUAAACUGUUCCAUCCAUGAACAACAAUUUUAGGAGCUUUCGACCAGUGUCCUAUUUUUAGUCACGUGACAGCAGUUGCACACUGGAAACACUUUAACCUCUGUGAAGUGGAGCCACACGCUUGCUUGCAGGAUGGUUUGCGUCUGAGUGCUCCGGGAAUUUGUACAAGGGGAGCCGGACAGGCUACUGACGACAUUUUUAUCAAAGGAAAAAUGUCCUCGCCAGGGUCCAGACGGAAUAGUUGCCGUGCGGUCGCGUGCGGCACCCGGUUGUCAUCCGAGGGGAACACCCGCCGCCGGGGCUCUAGCGUGUCUUACCUGUCCUCUGGAGCGCAAACUGAAGAUCUCUCCGUUAGUCUGAGUCAGCCUAUAAUCACUAUCACGUUUCGCUUUUUGCUGGCGGUAGACCUGUGGCUCUCCAAGCGGCUGGGAGUGUGCGCCUGCGAGGAGUCUGCGUGGGGGAGCAUACGACCCCUCGUGCGCCUUGUGGAGUUCUCUGGGCAUGUCGUUCCUUGGCUCAUCGGCACUGUGUACACUCUUCUUUGCAGGGAGAGUGUGGUGGAGCAGGAAAUCAUGCUUAAUUUGUUUCUGGCUCUCACGCUGGACCUUCUGCUGGUCAGAGCUGUCAAGACCCUGGUCAGACGUCGGACGCCUGCACAGAACCGCUCUGACAUCCUCUCUGCCUUCUUUGUGGAGCGAUACUCCUUCCCCUCAGGCCAUGCCUCAAGAGCCGCCAUGUGUGCCCGCUUCUUCCUCGCACAGAUCGUGGACACAGCCUCCAUGCGGGUUCUGGUUGUGAGCUGGGCCGCCCUGGACAAUCUAACCAUGAGUGGUCGCCUGAGUAUCCAGUCCUGGAACAAGAACUCCUCUGCCAAGCCUCAAAACCAGAAUCGAACUCCAAUCAAGCCACGAGCCAUUGCUACCUCCAGUCACGCCACGAUCCACGAUCCACGACCCAGUCAUCAGCCUCGACAAAACUACAAACCCGCUGAAGAGGGAAAUAAAUAUUCACUCACCUUCUUCAUCUGCGUGUUCCUUCCGGGUUCCAGCAUCUGGGUCUGCUUCGCUUAGCGAGCCAUGACAAAAGAAAAAUGGCUUUUUCUGAUGCAUUUUUUUUAUUUCAAAACAAAACAAAACAAAACACACCAACGUGUUUGUGAGGAUUAGCAAAACUAAAUAAAGCAUAUUUUAAUAAAUAUAAAAAUGGUCUGUACUGCUUGUUGCUUUGGGUGAGUAUUAGCCUACACACAAUCAAGGCUUUUAAUAUUUUCUCCAAAUGUGCUCUGCUGUUUGGUUGAGCAGACAAUUAAAUUGUUAAAAGUUUCUGCAACUUAAAAACCAAAAGGUUUUAACAUCUUUGUACAUUUUAAAGAAAGACAAUGUCUGUGAUUUGUAAACUGGAUACCAACAAAAACAAAGGAUUGGAAUUUCUAAUGAAACAACUUUUCUGACAACUUCCACAAUAAAAGUUUUAUGCUCAA